AAAAAAACGCCAGUGAUGUGCACAUUAAUGGAAGAUCUUAAGCUCAAUCAAUGUAUAAUUAGACGUUGAUUGUUCGUUCAUUGAGCAAGUUUCGUAACGCUCACAAUCCGCUUUUCAAUUUAUACAUAGUUUGGUGGAUUGAUUUUGAUUGAUCAAUUACGCAGUUUUGCUUCGAUUAUGAGUUCUGUUUUUGCAAUGGAAAGUAGCGUAUCAGGACGACUGUUAGGUUGGGAAAUUCAUGGGUUCCGCACUAUGCAAGAUUUGGAUAUUCCCAACAUAAUGGAGGAAUCGAAGAUGAGGUGGCUCCGACCAAAUGAGAUUCAUGCAAUACUUUGCAACCACAAGUAUUUCAACAUCAAUGUCAAGCCUGUAAACUUGCCUAAAAGUGGCACAAUUGUGUUGUUUGAUCGUAAGAUGCUCAGAAAUUUCCGGAGAGAUGGACAUAAUUGGAAGAAAAAGAAGGAUGGGAAAACUGUCAAAGAAGCUCAUGAACACUUAAAAGUUGGUAAUGAUGAACGAAUACACGUAUACUAUGCACAUGGAGAAGAUAACACAACCUUUGUUCGAAGAUGCUACUGGCUACUUGACAAGACUCUCGAACAUGUAGUCCUUGUCCAUUAUCGUGAAACUCAAGAGGUUUCCUCCAACAGUACAGUUGCACAGGGUUCUCCAGCUGCCCCAGUUAGUUCUGGUUCGGCAUUGUCCGAUCCUGCUGAUCUGUCUGCUUUUUGGGUUUUAUCAGGAGAACUUGAUUCAGCUGUUGAUCAGCAAUAUUCCGCUAGCCGACAUGCACAUUUAGAACCUAACAGGGAUAUGACCGUCCAAAAUCAUGAACAGAGACUACUCGAGAUUAACACACUUGAAUGGGAUGAUCUGUUGGCACCUGGUGAUCCCAACAAGAUAGUUGCUACCCAGCAAGCAGGAAGUAAAAUUGCUUAUGUACAGCACACGUCGUAUGAGCAACAGAAUCUAUGUGAAUUAAAUGGUUACAGCCUCAAUGGUGUCUCCUCUUCUCUUGAGAGAAUUUCUACAGUCAACAAUUCAAAUGAGAUCACCUUCCAGACAGUGGAUGGUCAAAUGACUCCAAGUUUUGAGAAGAGUGAGUCUGGAGUAAUGACAGUAAGCACAGGCGAUUCCUUUGAUAGUCUGAACCAGGAUAGACUUCAAACUCAGGAUAGCUUUGGAAGGUGGAUGAACUACCUUAUUACUGAUUCUCCAGAAUCCACAGACGAUCCAACUCCCGAAUCUUCAGUGUCAACAGGUCAAUCAUAUGCAAGGGAGCAGACAUUCAACAUAACAGAAAUAUCACCUGCGUGGGCUUCUUCAACUGAAGAAACAAAGAUCUUUGUCAUUGGGCAAUUUCAUGGAGAACAAUCACAUCUGGAAAGUUCUAGCUUGCAUUGUGUUUGUGGAGAUGCUUGUUUUCCUGCAGAAGUUCUGCAACCUGGGGUAUAUCGUUGCAUAGUUUCUCCUCAAACCCCUGGACUGGUAAACAUAUAUUUAAGUUUCGAUGGUAAUAAACCUAUUAGUCAAGUCAUGAGCUUUGAGUUUCGAGCUCCUUCAGUACAAGUUUGGACAGAACCCCCGGAGAGUAAAUCUGAUUGGGAUGAAUUUAGAAAUCAAAUGAGGCUUGCUCAUCUGCUGUUCUCUACAUCUAAGAGCCUUAAUAUUCUAUCCAGUAAAAUACAUCAAGAUUUGCUGAAAGAUGCAAAAACAUUUGCUGGAAAAUGUUCUCACAUCAUUAAUGAUUGGGCCUGUCUGAUCAAAUCGAUUGAAGACAAGAAAGUCUCUGUCCCACGUGCAAAAGACUGCUUGUUUGAGCUCUCUUUGAAAACCAGAUUACAGGAAUGGCUGUUGGAAAGAGUUGUCGAAGGAUGUAAAAUCUCAGAACAUGACGAGCAAGGUCAAGGAGUUAUCCAUUUGUGUGCUAUCCUAGGUUACACUUGGGCUGUAUAUCUGUUUUCCUGGUCCGGUUUGUCAUUGGAUUACCGAGACAAAUAUGGAUGGACAGCUCUCCAUUGGGCUGCAUAUUAUGGAAGGGAAAAAAUGGUUGCAACUCUUUUAUCUGCUGGAGCAAAACCAAAUUUGGUCACAGAUCCCACUUCAGAAAACCUUGGUGGAUGUACUGCUUCCGAUCUUGCAUCUAAAAAUGGUCAUGAGGGUUUGGGGGCUUAUCUCGCUGAGAAGGCUUUAGUUGCACAAUUUAAGGAUAUGACAUUAGCUGGAAAUAUCAGUGGUUCACUCCAGACGACUACUGAAUCAAUAAACCCCGGGAACUUCACAGAGGAAGAGCUAAAUCUGAAAGACAGUUUAGCAGCUUAUCGUACAGCUGCAGAUGCAGCUGCACGUAUCCAGGUUGCUUUCAGGGAGCGUGCACUGAAAGAGCGGACAAAGGCAGUCGAAUCUUCAAAUUCAGAAAUGGAAGCACGUAAUAUAAUUGCAGCUAUGAAGAUUCAGCAUGCUUUCCGCAACUAUGAGAUGCAGAAACAACUGGCAGCUGCUGCACGAAUACAGUAUAGGUUUCGAACUUGGAAGAUGAGGAGAGAGUUUCUUCACAUGCGCCGUCAGGCCAUCAAAAUUCAAGCUGUGUUCCGGGGUUUCCAAGUCCGAAGGCAGUACAGGAAGAUAACUUGGUCAGUAGGAGUGCUUGAAAAGGCAUUAUUUCGGUGGCGUUUGAAGAGGAAAGGUCUCCGCGGGCUUAAACUCCAGUCUAGUCAAGUAGUUAAACCAGAUGAUGUGGAGGAGGAUUUCUUCCAAGCCAGUAGGAAACAAGCUGAAGAGCGCAUUGAAAGAUCUGUUGUGCGAGUUCAGGCCAUGUUUCGUUCAAAACAAGCACAAGAACAAUAUAGGAGGAUGAAGUUGGAACAUGAUAAAGCAACGCUGGAAUACGAAGGGACUCUCAAUCCUGACACUGAGAUGGACUAAGAGGACAAUUUACAAGCAUUUCAUAUAUUUUGGCUGC